CACAAAAGCCCCGGUUAUGAACUACGCAUCAGAGACAGCUCUAGGAGUUGCAACAAUACGAGCAUUUGGAGUUUCGGACAAGUUCUUCUCGAACUACCUUAAACUUGUAGAUAGGGAUGCUAAGGUGUUCCUGUCCUCAAACGCGGCCUUGGAGUGGCUCGUAUUGAGAACUGAAGCGCUUCAGAAUCUUACAUUGUUCACUUCUGCUAUCUUUCUUGUGAUUUUUCCGAAUAGCUACAUUGCUCCGGGUCUCGUAGGGCUGUCGCUUUCUUAUGCUUUCACGCUAACUGGAACGCAGGUGUUUCUGUCGAGAUGGUACAGUAGUUUGGCUAACUACAUCGUCUCUGUGGAGAGGAUCAAACAGUACAUGAACAUAACGCCCGAGCCUCCAGCUGUCAUACCAGAUAACAGACCUCCAGCUUCAUGGCCUCAAAAGGGUAGAAUCGAGCUGGUCGAAUUGAAGGUGAGGGACUACAAAUUUGACGAGAGUUAA